UCAUAAUCAGUUGUUGCGGGGACAUUGUUGCGGCGACAGGACCAGCCAAUGUCUGCACAACAUGGAGCUGAGCGUCUCUGCUGACAAUGACCGUGGACGAGGUGGUGGUGGUGGUGGUGGUGGUGGUGGACGGAGGCGGCAGCGUGCACGCGUGCACGCUGUCAAGGGCAAAGAGAAGGUGAAGGAGGAAGAGGAAGCGGGGAUGGAAGAGGAGGAGAAGGAAGGGGUUUAUGCGCCAAACAGUGAGAGGAACUUAGCACAAGAUGGAGAUGUGAAGGAGGAGGAGGUCUUGGCGGGUGCCUUGACGGAGGAGGAUGACGGAAGGCUGGGAAGCGUCAGGGUGGAUGGGAUGACUGAAGCUAGUUGCACCACGAGCAUCAGCAGCACAGGGACAACGAGGCCGAUGACGAGAGCAGAGAGGAGAAAAAGAAGUGCAGCUCGUGUCAAGGAUGAAGACAGUGUAUUGAAAGUCAAGGAGGACACCGAGGGUGACAAUGACGGGGCUGAACACGCGCCGCUCAAUGCCCGUGCCAGAUACAGCACCACACGCACGAAACCUGUGCGCCUCCAUUCCACACAAGCAAGCAAACCAACACCUGGACAUGUGAACAGAGGGGAGUCUCAUGUGGUGUGCUCUUCGUUAACGACGCAAUCCACUCCAUUUCUCGGCUUUCCGCACCCCACACCAGCUGAGUGCAAGCACAUGCACGAUGCGCUGGUGCAACUGUACGGCCCUCGCACGCGCCCGCCGCACCACAGAGCCGCCAACACCAACCUCCUCGACUCGCUCGUCCGCACUAUCCUGUCGCAGAACACAACCGAUUCAAACUCAAGCGCCGCCUUUCGCAAUCUCAAACAAACGUUUCCAACAUGGGAGGAUGUGCACAGCGCAGAUGUUGGUGCACUGGAGGCGGCCAUCAGAUCAGCAGGCCUCGCCCAAACAAAAUCAAGGCGCAUCAAGUCCAUUCUCGACACACUGCACGCGGAGCACGGCAAGUUGAGUCUGGAGUAUUUGCGGGAGCUGCCAUCACACACCGUGAAGGAGCAGCUCGCCAGGUUUAAAGGCGUGGGUCCGAAAACUAUUUCCUGCCUGCUCUUGUUUGCCAUGCAAAGGCCCGACAUGGCUGUGGACACGCACGUCUUCCGUCUGGCCAAGAGAGCAGGGUGGGUGCCGAGUGAUGUGGAGGUGCGAAAGCACAACCGGGUCGUUGAACAAGAGCAGUCAUCGUGUUCCGUCGCUAGCAAGAACAGCAGGAAGCGGGCCAAACGGAUUAGCAACGACACCCAGAACUGCAGCGCUUCUUCGUUGCAUUCGUGGCCGGGCGUGACGCGGGAAACGACUUACGAGCACCUCAACGCCACUGUUCCGGAUGACUUAAAGUAUGCGCUGCACCUGCUGCUGAUCCACCACGGCCGGCGUGUGUGCAAGAGCCAGGGCUGUCUUGCGAAAUCACGACGACGCCGCCCAAAGCAAGAAGCUACCCCAGCCGAAGACAUAAGCACCACCACCAUUACACCAAGCUGCCCUGUGUGUGGUUGUGUUGCGUAGCGUUGCCCUUCUCAGUGCGUACGUGUUGGCACGUGUCUUGCAAUCAUUGCCUUGGGCAUGAUGCGUCUGUGAGGGCGUGGUUUGUAGCGACAAAACAUGCACGACCACAAUCGCAAGUUCAAGAACCGGGUUCGUGAUGUGCCCGAUUCGGCGAAGUGAUGGCUGGAAUCCUCAGAACAGUGCAAGUUUCCUGG